GGAGAGGAAGGAAAGGGAAAAGGCAUUCAAAGGCGUGACCCGGUGUCCGUCAGGCGUGUGCCCUUCGUCAUUUUUUUAUCGUUUCCUGCGAAGCGACCGUCUCGGAUGGUUCUCAAGAUGGCCCUGCAGCAGGGGAUGUUCCCGGGCGCCCUGUCCCGUUUCCUGUUCAAGAAGGGGGCGGGCGCCGUCAGCAACACACGCUUGUUUGAAUACAGGUGUGGUGGGCAAAGAACGACCACAAAAGGACAGACAGGAAGCGUAUGACAAUCAAUGUGCUGUCUGCCUGCCUUCCUGCUCGUUGCAGCAUCAAGACGACUGUGUGCCGUGCGGUGCCGACCUCUGCGUCGGUGGCUCCACAGCCCAGCUCGGUGCUCAACAAGCAGAGCACGGCCUCGUACGGCAGCGUGCCGUCAUCGAUGAGCACGGAGCCUGACCUGCACCACGUGACGCCCAAGUUCCACACAGAGGUGAGUAGAGUGAGGGAGGAAGGGAGCGGGCGAGAGAGAGAGAGAGAAGGGGAAGGAGGAAGACACGGAUUGUGUGUCUGGUUCGUUGAUUCGUUUGCACACUGCAGAUGGCAUCUCACGAGGUGACGUGGCAGGAGCUGCAGACCAAGGGGUUCGUCGGCUGCUAGAUCGGACACACACAGCCGACGGCCUCAAACACGGUGGCGUUCAUUUACAGCUCUCUAUAUAUCCCCCAUAGCUACAGAUACGCCUGGCUGCGGGUGAGUCUGGCUGCCGACCUUGGCCUGGUGUGUCUGGCUGUCUGUCUGUCUGCCAGUGUUUCCUACGCCUAAUUUGGCGUGACUGGUUACCUGCUAGCGCGCGCAUGGGAGUUCUCGGUCUUGUCCCUGCCUGCCUGCCUGCCUGCUUGCCUGGAUGGAUGGAUGUGUGGGUGUCUAAGUGUUUUGAAGAAGCGAGGGCUGUUGGUUGUAUUUUUCUCCUCGACACCGGAUGGGGUAUGAGCUGUGCGAGUGAUUUUUCGCCCGCCCAGUGAUAUGGGGGGCUGGGCUGCUUUGCUUUGCUGCGCUGCGCUGCGCUGCGCUGCAUGGUGCGUGGGUCUCAUAGUGGUUUUGCACAGACGAGGAAGGCAUGAAGGGAAAUGGGGGAGUGGAUGGGGGAUUGGAUUGGAUUGGGUGGGAGAGGCUCGUGUGAUCGUGUGUGUGUGUGUGCCUUGCAUGGGCAUCGAUUGCGUGUUGUGUGCAGAGAGAUAGAUAGAUUGCCAGACAAUUGAGAUGGGCUGCAUGACAGGAUGGGGCGAGGGGCGGGAAGAACACUGGCUGGAUGACUGUUGGACAAAAUGGAAUCGAGCCGUCUUGGGUCGCUG